UUUUGUACAGGGUGUCCAUCAUGCGUGGGUUCGAGCAUCCGACGCUUGGUUAGUCCUAUUUGUUCGCCAUGGCUGUGGUGAGUGGAGUCGGAGACAGAGAGCUCAGUGCAAGGGAGAGGAGAAUGGUCCACAUGACCUCCAACAUCUUUGGUGAGGGCUUGGACAAGUCGGUGUAUUCAGCGAAGGUGCAGAAGGAGUUGUUGAAGAGCCUCAAGGAAACCUUCAACUAUGUGAAGGAAGCACCGAUUCCAGAAACAUUAAACUUGCCCAGUGCCGCGGAACAGAAGAAAAAGCUGAUGGCCGGCAAUCAGGCAGUGCUGCCUGGGAGUACAACCAAUGGACCAACAGCAGUGAAGAGGGAUCCGGAGUUUAUGCCAAAGGAGUUUUGGUCGACCUCUGUGGACCUGCAGUGGCAUGAUGUGCGAAAUGAGCGCUGCCGUCACAAGAAUCAUCAAGCAGAGCGAGGUAGUUUGGGUGCCAAGGAAAAAUAUCUUCGGGAGAUGUCCUCCGAGUUGUUCGAAAAGGAUCGACUGAUGACGGCCUCAGCUCCCAGAUCGGAUCUGAUUGGUCAGACCGACUACCUCACUCUCGACUCCGCACUCCAUGAGCGGCACAGCUCCACCCGAACGCCGGAGAACGAGCGGGCUUUCGCAAGCAAGAGGGUGCAAGCAAACUUAGCGUCUUCGGGAAAGAAUACGCUGCCGCAGCCCGACAUUGAUGUUCAGGCGCCGCCACCGCAGUCAGACUCCCUCAGGACCAGUGGCGCUGACAUGCGGAACUUUUCAGAGCUGUUUGGCACCGAGUUGGGUCGACGGACACAGCCGAUCACCGAGCGACAGGAUUUGUUGGGCACCACGAACUGCUCAUUCCUCGACUUCCGCAACGAGAUCGAAUCUGCUCGCAAGGAUCCAGGAAGGAUCGCCCAGGCGGAUUCUCCUCGAAAUAGAAAGGAGGCUGAGAUGUCAUCGACCAUGGGCCAAAUGCCCAAACCCACCAAAGCCCCCGAGCUCCAGCAGGCUCUUGAUGUAGAGCGAGGCUUCUGGGACAGCAAAGAUGGUUUCGGGAUCUCUGCAGAGGUCUCACGCCGUCGACGCGAGAAGGACUUCCGCAAGGACUUUGAGGGCGACGUGCACCACCUCUCACGGAAGCAAGAAUGCCUCGACUCGGCGCAGGUGAAGGGUAACAUGGGUCAAGAUUCCGCACGGGAGGUGCCCAAAUCUGCUCGAAAUGGGCUCCGUCUCUCCAGCCCUCACUCACCUUGUAAGCACUCAGGGGUGAGCGCUGCGCAGAGGGAGGAUUUGUUGCGUCGGGCAAAGGACACUAAAUUGGCAUCCUUGCAGUCCAGUAUCUUCAGCUGAGGAUGAAGGGAAGUGCCAGUCGAAUUCAAACGGAGCAUGGCAUAACAAGAAAUGCCAUUGCAAAGCUGCGGAGGGGCUGCCAAGCACCGAUCGUCACCAGGAGUUGAAUGCUUUCCGAAGGCGAUGUGAGCUUUGCCCAUGAUAGGGUAGGACUUGAAACGGCGGUAGAAGGACAAUGCCAAUGGCUGCAUGUGCCAACGUGCACACUUGGAUCGUGAUUAAUGCUGGAUCAACCGGUGAUUUCGAUUUUCUCACAUCGGCCAA